AUGUCCGACAACACUAGCUUCGCUGAUGAAACAUUCGACUGUUCGCAAGCAUUCACCAUAUUCGAUGGACCAGAUCAAGACCAAGCUGAAUACUUCGAAGAAAUUCUAUUCGAUGGCACGAUACCUGAAGGUGGUGGUGUGCAACGACAGUCACAACAACAACAACAAUUCUCUACUCUAACAACGCAAUCUGAAUCAAGUGUUUGGCCAGACCAAUGCGUCGAGACCGUGCCACUGGCCUCCCCGUGCCGUGUUCGUUGCCGAUCCACCUCGGCCGCACAGUUGGUUUAUUGUUGCACCGCGAACGCCGGUGACGAGUGGUGUUCCUUUACACCAACGGGCCAAUCCGUACAGUGCUUUAAACGAGCGGGCCAAUCCGUACAGUGCUUUAUUAAACAGGGCGACUACCAACCAUCCGCCACCAGCCUAUGUGCCGAGCCCGAGUGUUGUUUUAUGCAGCAGUCUGAAGCGACCAAUUGCGGUUGCCUCGAGUCGCGUGAAAACUGUGCCUCACGACAGCGACUUCUCGCAUCCUCCAAGGCAUGUUUUCAGUUCUUGUGGUCGUCAUCAUGUCAGUCGGCCUCGAAAAGUGUUUUGUUGGCAGCGGAUGUGAAUGCUCGAUUGUCAGCCUCACGUGCUGUGAAACUGGUGCCACACAAAUCACAGAAUGUGUUCAUCAAUAGUGAGCAAACAUUUGAAACGCCAGCAACGUGGUCACAUCAGCAGUCAUCAGGAUGUAUUGUUGAAUCAACCGCUCGAAAUCAGAAUUCUUCAUAUUCUUCUCCUGCUUACUCUUCACUUAAUCAUAACGUUUCGCCUUCAUUUUCCCAUUCAUCUUGUAAUAAUGACAGUGUUAAUAACGGUUAUAAUGUGUCUCCAAUCCGUUCAACACUAUCAUCGAAUAAUUUCUCAAAUUCUGUCAUUGAUGAUCUUCCAAAUGUUCCAAGAGAUUGUUCGUCACAAAAGAAUUGGCCAUCUACGUCUACCAGCACUUUCAAUGAACAACCGUCAUCAUCAUCAUCAUUUGUCCAUGCUUUUCGUGCCUCUCCGAAUCGGCUCGAUUCACAAUCCUCUGGUUCCAUUGGCUCUUCACUGGAGCAAUUUUCUAGCUCAAGUUCUUGUGUCAGUUCACUCGAAAGCAUUGCUGCUCCGUCGUCGUUCACUGCUAGCUCAAGAGAGUUCGAUAGGUGUGCGGCAUGGCUGGACCAGCUGAUUGCUGAAAGUCGAGCCGACAUUGACCGGGAACGCCUUCAAAGCUCUAGAGAUGUGUUCGGCCAUGUUGGCUCCGGUCUGCAUCCCUCCGGAAACGUACCGUCAAACGAUUCUAACAUCACUGAGAUCAACGUGAGUGAUCUCACUCGGAAAGGUUCAUUAGAAUCAUGCUCAUCUAUGACUAGUGAGUACUCUGCACCGCUGUCCUCUUCUCCAAAAAGUACGUUUUGCUCAUUCGUCUGA